CUACAAUAUUCCAACUGCUCCACAAACGAUCAAAUUUCAACCUUUAGCUCAAAAAAUAUUCAAUCAGGCUAUCAAAAUCAUUUCAUUUCAAAGGAACCAAAACCUAAAUCAGUAGAGAUGUGUUUGGUGUUCGUGUGCGAUGAAGACGAGAGGGUGAUUGGGCGGCAGGUGGCGGGCGGUGCGUGCCCCUACUGCGGCGGAAUGGUGCAGGCGUUGGACGUGCAGAGCAACUGGAGAUUCUGCUUCGUGCCGCUCUAUUUCAAAACUAAGCGCAAACUCUACUGCUCCAUCUGUUUAAGGCGUUUAGUCCCCCUAUAACUCUUUUCCAGAUUAUCCAUGAUUUUUAACUUUUCUAUCUUCUUAUUUUUCUUCUUAUUUUUCUUCCUUUUUUAUGUUUUUUUUGUCAGUUAUGAAGGUUUAGUUUUGGGGCUGAGUAGUUUUGCGGAAGUUAGUAGUGUGUAUAUUGUAUGGAACUAUGGAUAGUGUAAUAAAUCGGCAUAUAAUUAUGAAACUGAAUUAACCUGAUUUUUUGUUCA